AUGGAUAAAAAUGUUGCCAAAAGGUUCGAUGGUAUUGACAAAAAGAUUGAUGAUAAGAUUAAUGAUGUUUACAAAAAUAUGAGAGGAGAAUUUGGAAAAAUAUAUGAAAUUAUUGCCCGAAAUGAAAUAGGCAAAAAAUACAGGCAACAUUAUUCUGAAGAAUUUAAUGUUUACGAUUUAAAUGGUCUUAAUAAUGGUUUAAUUGAAAACUUUAAAGAUUAUGUCAACAAGGCAGAAAAAUUAUAUAACUCUGACAACCAUAUCGAGCUUUUUUCUUUUGCUAAAGAAUCUAUAAAUAUUGCAUUAAAGAAAAAAGAUAAGAGUCAUCAGAUUUACUUGGAUCAAAAAUGGGAUGGAGUUUUUCUAAAAGCAAAUAUGAUCAAUAUCGAUGUGCGUGGAAAAAUUGAAGUAAUCGUUACGGGAAUUAAUGUUAUACUUAACCUAGAAAUAGGAGAAAUUAAAAGAUCAGAAUCUAAUGAUAUCAUUAAGCAUGGAUUUGUUCAGUUGUGCUGGCGUCUCGCUGUUAUUGGUUACGCUUUAGAUAUUUUAUUUCCCAACAUAAAAUGCACUCUGAUAAGGGCUUUAAUUAUUUUAUUAGACACAUUUUUAUAUAAGAAUGAAAGAAGAGUUGAAACUAAAAAAUGGACAAAAGCAUUUGAAUAG